UUAUAGGAGUCUUUAGGCAAUUGUCCCCAUUUAAAAAAAUAAAAUACUAUGAUCUUUAGGUGAUUGCCCUCAAGCAAAAUUAUACACAUUGUGUAGAUGUGUUAUUAUAAUGAUUUUUAGGCAAUGCCUUUUUAUAAAUGAACCACUAUAAAAUUAAUGAAUUAGCUUGACCUCCUAGUUUGCGCGGGACGCCAUUUUUCAGCUUCGAUCUCUCUCGCUUCUUCGUUGCGCUCGAAGACGGCGAUGGCUGCAGAGGAAGAGAAAGAGAAUAUGUCCAGAACAAGAUGGUUAGUAACUUACACGAAGCAUAUGAAACAGAAGAGAAAGGUCUAUCAAGAUGGGGUGAUGGAGCUUUGUAGUUCAAGUGGCAAGGUUAUAUUGUAUGAUGAUUGCAAGAAACUUAUAGAUAAAAGAUUCUUAAAAAAAGAUGAUAUAGUUAAAUCAGGUGGAACAUUGUCCUUUGAAACUCAUAUGGUGGAAAUUGGAGAUCCUGAUAGAAACAACAAGCCUUCAGCAGAGUCAAAUUUGAAGUCAGUUAUACGGUCCAAGCCACAGAAAGAGAAGCAAUGUGUAGAAUGGAAUGUCUUAUACACAACGCAUAUGACUCAAAAAGCAAAGAAAUAUCAUGAUGGUAUCUUGCGGGCUCUCAUUUGUAGCUCCCAUUUGAACCUGAUUACUUUGUUGACUGAAGAUGGGGCCGUACUGAGCAGCAAAUAUCUUACGUCUGUUGCAUGCUUGGAGACGGGGAAAAACUGUGAAUUUCCUAACUACCUUGUGGAGAUCUGUGAAAAAAGAACUUCUGCAGCUGGACAAGAUGGCCACAGUAAUUUUCCCUCAUGCAAAGAUCUUCACAUGAAGGAUUCUAUGAAUCAAGUUGUGCCUUCUAAACCUGAAAAAUUUAACAAAGCUAUCACUUAUAGGAAAGCUCGCAAAAUUCCAUUGUCCAGUGCUCCCAAAAAGGAAACUGGUUGUAGAACCCCAAAUGCUAGGUCUUCUGCCGCUCCUAGCAAUCUCUCUACGGAUCUUUCUAAGAAAGUUACAAAUAAUUGCGAGUCAAAAUUGGGUAGCUUCAUCAGUUCUAGUUCUGCACCUUUACGUGAUGCCGGGCAGAUUCUAUCAGUUGUUAAGAGGCCAAGUCCUGAUGGGAGCCUUGUUUUAUUGGAUCCAUUUGAGGAGCAGGGUUUUACCUCACAAUCUUCAGAUAAAAACCAGCUUGAUUUGCAGAUGUCCUCUGAAAAGACUGGAACAUCAUCAUGCCAUGGUUUAAAAUCUGCAAAUUCACAAAAAGAUUCUAUGUUAGCUUCCCAACUUGUGCUAGAUGCUGAUUCUGAGGGAAUCACAUCAGAAAAUGAUCGUGCUUCAUCAAUUUGGUCGUCUGGCUCAGUCGUACUUGAUACUCCAACAAAAUCGAGCAUCAAUAAUACUGAGGGACAUACCGGCUUAGCAGUCAAAGCUUCAGAAGUUUUGGGUGUUCCUAUGCUGUCUGGAUCUGGCCAAACCAAUAAACCAGAUAAGGCCCUCUCUGAUGUUGGAUUCUCCAUUGAAGUGAUUAAUGAAAUGAAUCCAAUUUUUCCUAUGCAAAACCCCUUGGGAGUUCUAAAUGGAAAGCAGCACCUUUCUUCUUCUAGCAUCCUUUUGAAGGACAAUUUGGAUGCUCAUGAAAAGAGCACUUUGCACGAUGAAAGAAAUGAGUCAGUGUCCUUCGCCAUCGCAGCAUCAACUGUUCAUGCAACUUCAGAUGUCACAAAGGAUUUUCCUGUUUUUGAUCUUGGGUUAUGAAGAGCUAAUUGUGAAAUCCCCAUGUUUUUACAAAUAACAUACAGCAACUAUUCUUUAUACAGAAAGUUUAGAGGCUUUUUCUCUUCAUUCAUAGGAAGAUCAAACUAUCAUGCAAGCAACAAUGAAUUAUUAAGUAAUUCUAAUUGUUCUUUUUCUUUUUUCAUCGAAUUCAAUAUGAUUGCUGACCCCAAUAUGUAGCUUACUGUAACAUCCAUCUCGAUAAAAUUUUGACAGCAGACAACUGAUUUGAAAAUUCAAAUUAAUUAAACUGCUUGGAAUUU